AUGGGAAGGUGGGAGCUGUGGUAUCAAGUUAUGAUUUUCACUGUCGUCGCCGUUUGUCUAACGAUCAUAGCCUUCGGCGUGUGUCUCUUAGCUGCCUGCUAUGCUGUUCGAUUGAAAGCGAAAGCGGCACUUCUCAGACGACAUCAAGCCAGUCAUUACGAUGACAUGCAAUUUGUAGACGGUGGCUGUCUUGGAAGUCCUGGCGGAUUGACAUCUGGGAAAGUUGUCGCAACUGACGGAUUAGGAAGCUCGGUGGGAAUGCCCAUUUACCUCCAACGGCGAUCCAACAUUGAUUACAGCCAUACCCUCCAACGACCACCAUCUGUUCGCAGUUUUUCAAUGUCUCGACCACCUACUUCGAAUACCUUACCCUCGGGCACUGCUCAAACCCCUACCGAUCAGCCUUUUAUCUUCUCCAAUGGCUUCAACCAGCAAACGGAUGCAAUAGCUUGGCCCACAAUCUACCGGAGUCCUGCUAAAGGUUGGGGAGAUUUCGGAUUUGGAACCUUUACUCGAGCCCCUCCUAUUACAACUCAGAAUACUGAUUUGGAUCUCAGUGUUCAUGACGAUACGUUGCCCACUGUGAACUCGCCUGAAGUUUACACAUGCAGACACGAUCCUUAUGGCUAUCUCUCUGAGCUACAUAAUCAACUUGCCGAUCCGAUAGCUACAUCAACUCCACCGGUUAUGAAUAAUAUGCUUACCCUUCGAGCAUCCACUAUCCUCAGCCCUAGUGUCAUUCAGCCUGUAUCGAAAAGUCCCAUUGAGGUGGAAAACGACACUCUAGGAAUGCGGAAAAAUGAUUUUCAAAUGGCUCCAGCUCCCCCACCCUCCGAAUUUGCAGAUCGUUCUAAACUCAGCAACGGCUUCGAUUCUUGGCCAAAGUUAAACUCAGCAACGGCUUCGAUUCUUGGCCAGUCGGCAACGGCUUCGAUUCCUGGCCAGUCGGUUAUAUCGGAGAGUGCCAACUGUUCGAUUCUUAGCCAGUCGGCUAUUUCGGAGAGUGCCACUGUCCACUAUUUCUCCCUUGUUCGAGCUUUGAGUUCGUUGCACCUUGAGGUCUUGAAUUCUCUUUGUUCGCCAGUCGGCUAUGUCGGAGAGUGCCACUGUUUCUCCUUUGUUCGAGCUUUAAUUUCGUUGCACAUUGAGGUCGGUCUCUCCUAUAACGUUGCACCUUGA